AAGUGCCGGCGCGGUGCACGGUGGGUAAGUGGUGGCUUCCAUGCUGCCUGGUUGUUGUGCUGUGUUUGGGGCUCAGUGUAACAUGGACUGACGGAGGGACAAACAGGCAGCCAUGGGAAGAACAAAAUCACGCAAAGAUGGGAAAUCUUCUACCAAACAUAAAGAGUCUCGAUUUAAGAAAACCUCUAAAAGUCUGGAAACUUUUACCAGCGAGGUUCAUGAAGCAUUAGAUGCCAGUAUUCAUGAAGGCGGUGAAGGGAGCGAGGUGAAGGUGAAAUUUCCCUGUCCCUUGGCCAUGUGGGACUUGGGUCACUGUGACCCUAAAAGAUGCACUGGGAGGAAGCUCGUCCGAAAAGAUCUAGUUAGGAGCCUACGCAUUAACCAGAGGUUUAAUGGUCUUGUCCUCAGCCCGAUGGGGACCUUAUAUGUUUCUCCUGCAGACAAGCAGAUUGUUGCAGACAAUGGCGUGGCGGUAAUAGAUUGCUCAUGGGCUAAACUUGAUGACACUCCUUUUGCCAAGAUGAAAGGAAGCCACCCAAGAUUGCUGCCCUACCUGAUUGCUGCAAACCCUGUGAAUUAUGGACGCCCGUGCAAACUUUCUUGCGUAGAAGCCUUUGCAGCAACAUUUUGUAUUGUAGGCUUUCCAGACCUGGCCACAAUCCUCCUGCGAAAAUUCAAAUGGGGAAAAGUCUUUCUUGAUUUAAAUAAAGGUCUGCUGGACAAAUAUAGCAAAUGUGAGAACGUGGAGGAAGUUAAGAAGAUUGAAACUGAAUAUCUAGCUGGAGAACAUGAUGAAGAAGCAGAGGAUUAUGAUCCAUUUGAUGUGGAGUCUGGAAGAGAGUUUGCUAAUCCCAACAGGGUCAUCAAGCCAAUGGGGACAACACAUGGUGACAAAGAUGAGACGGAAGAGGAUGAUGAAACCGAUGAGGAGGAGGACAGUGACGCAACAGAUGAGCAACAAAACCUUUCAGGAGAGGGAACGGAAGAGGAAGAGGAGGCAGCAGCAGCUUCGAAACCUGUUGUAUGGAAAGGUGUGAAAAAGAGACUUCGAGACUAGAAAUUAAAAGACCAGCAUUAUGGCUGCUUCGCUAUGUAAAAAAAAAAUCUUUGUAUUAUUAGUUCUUGGUACAGAAUCCAGUUUCUGUAUGUAAUAUUGGUUGUUAGUCUGUAAAUAAUAUAAAAAGA